AUGCAGCGUGAAAUAGACGGACUUCGAAGAGCACUACAACUCACAGAGAACGCAGAAGAACUCGGAAAUAUGCCCCCUGGUCCUCCAGCACGUUCAUGUCUCUACCAUCCCACGUCCAUCGCCUCUGCAGUGGUACCGCAAUCUGACGCCCGGCUCACUCCUUUCUUUUCAUCGCUUAACGAUCCAUCCGCAAUGACCACAAUUCCAGAGCCUGACGCACGCCAGGAUCUCACUUCAGCCGCUCCAUACAAUCCGGCUGGACACCCACCUGCAUUUCAAUAUUCCUACCAUCCUUCGCCUGUUGCUAUCGCUUCAUUAGUAGAACCUGGCGCUCGCAUCCCAGCUUUCCCUUCGCCUCUUGAUGGUCUCGAAAUUGAGCCUCAAAAGCUGGAGGAUUGCUAUUCCUUGUACUUCAGCCAUUAUCACUCAAUGAUACCAAUCCUGGACCCACAGCAAAGCUGCCGCGAAUGCUUCCAAUACUCCCCAUUGCUAUUCUGGACCGUCAUAGUGACUGGCUCAAGAAGAUACAGUCUUGAUCCCACAUUGCUGGAAGUGCUAGUCCCCAAAGUCUCCAACUUGGCAGCACUGGCAACAACAAGGGUUUCCGAAUAUAUUCCAACUAUUACUGCCCUACUCCUGCUCUGUGUUUGGCCUUUACCUAUGGAGAAUGCAUCGGAUGACCCUUCGCCUAUUUAUGCAGGGGUCAUAACGCAGCUCUCCCAACAGAAUGGUCUACACAUGCUCAGUAGAAGACAAGACUUCUCACCCAAUCAUUUGAUCAGAGAUACCAACAGCGAUAUCUUUCUCGCCACUUUGUGGGCAUGGUGCAAGCUGAUCUGCAGCACUGUCAAUACGCAUUGCGGCCUGCAUCAUCACGUUUUUGAAGACGCCUUCGACCUGGACCAACAGAGUAACGAUGUUCUUGAUUCUCUAAGCAGACCAGUCUUUUGGAUGCUUCAGUUUGCUAACAUGAUGUCCAAUGCUAAUCACACUCUAAUGAAAGGCGGAUAUGGAGAACAAGACGUUGAGAGGCCUUACCAGCUUCUGGCUAUGAUCAAAUUUUACGACGACGAGAUUUUAAAGCUCAAGCGGCAGACACAAGGGCAACUUGCCGAGAUUUAUUUCACCUCUGCGAGAUUGCACACCGGAGCCUAUUAUUUCUUUAUCUUGAAGCAAUUGCCCUCAAAUCUUUCACAUCUGGUCGAGGUACACCAUGUGGCUUGUGCCUUUAUUGACAAUAUCACGUCUCGAGAUCAGAAGGACGAUUACGCUCUCUAUCUUUCCGAACAAUUCUACAGGACUCUCACCCUCGCUGCGAUGGUGAUACUGCGAAUAUGCCGUAGUACGGAACUGAGCUCGGCAAUCGACUAUACCCUUGGCGAACAGUCUUACUUCGCGGCGAUUCGCAUACUCAAGAAGAGAGCCCUGAAGAACAAUGAUCUCAACGCUCGAAUGGCGGCAACUUUGUCCCAGCUAUGGCGAAGUAAACGCAUUUUUACGCGACAUGAUGGGUCGAUGGACAGCCUCAAGGUUCGAAUCCGGACGAGAGGGGCAAUGGGAGUGGUAUACGACUGUCUCUGGUAUUGGCGGCAAGAAUUUUUAGGACAGUCAAACCCAUACUCGGAAGAAAACAGUAGCAAUCACGCUCAAAGCCAGAGACCUUUGGUUUCUAACACACAGGCUGUCUCUUCUGCUCACCAGGCUACCACUCAACUAUCCGACUUCGACACCGGCGGCGGCACACAUCUAGGUGUCGACGAUGAUGCGUUUUUCUCCGAGUGGAACUGGUCUACUAACGCAUUUUUGUCCACUGAACUAUCUCACGACUUCGGAGAGUCUGCCGUGUCGAUAUAG